UCUUCUCCAAAACAACCAUUCAUGCAAUGACGCCCAACUAGAAAACAAAAUCUAAUUGCACGUUAAAACUGUGUGUGUGAAGAAGCACGAUCUAUUUCCAAUUUCCAUCAACCCUCAGACAAACAAACGAACACGGUCUUUCUCUCUGUAUAUUUCAUUUCUCCGCGUGAUCAGAGAAAGAAAGGUCGAAUGGCGACGAGGUACUGGGUAGUGUCUCUCCCUGUUCCGAAUUCCGCAUCCACUUUGUGGAACAAAUUGCAGGAAGAAAUCUCCAAACACUCCUUCGACACCCCUCUUUACAGAUUCAACAUUCCUAAUCUCCGCGUCGGAACCCUAGACUCUCUCCUCUCUCUCAGCGACGAUCUCGUCAAGUCGAACAACUUCGUGGAGGGAGUGUCACACAAGAUCAGGCGACAGAUUGAUGAUCUGGAGAGAGUGUCGGGCGCGGUGACCAGUAGUUUGACGGUGGAUGGAGUACCUGUUGAUUCGUACUUGACGAGGUUUGCUUGGGAUGAAGCCAGGUACCCGACUAUGUCGCCGUUGAAGGAGACUGUGGAUGGGAUUCAUGGUCAGGUGGCAAAGAUUGAGGAUGAUCUCAAGGUUCGUGUUUCUGAGUAUAACAAUAUCCGCAGUCAGCUUAAUACCAUCAAUAGAAAGCAAACUGGAAGCUUAGCUGUGCGUGAUCUUUCCAACUUGGUAAAACCUGAGGAUAUUAUAACAUCAGAAAAUUUAACUACCCUGCUUGCUAUUGUUCCAAAGUAUUCACAGAAGGAUUGGCUCUCAAGCUAUGAAACAUUGACCAACUAUGUGGUUCCCAGGUCUUCCAAGAAGUUGUAUGAAGAUAACGAAUAUGCUCUUUAUACUGUAAUACUAUUCAGUCGUGUUGCAGACAAUUUUAGAACUAGUGCACGAGAAAAAGGGUUCCAAAUUCGUGAUUUCGAAUACAGUCCUGAAUCACACGAGAGUCGCAAGCAAGAGUUAGAGAAAUUGAUAGAUGACCAGGAAAGUUUGAGGUCCUCUCUGUUGCAGUGGUGUUAUACUAGUUAUGGAGAGGUUUUCAGCUCCUGGAUGCACUUUUGUGCAGUACGUGUAUUUACUGAGAGCAUUCUGAGAUAUGGUCUUCCACCAUCUUUCUUGGUUAGAUANGAGUAA